GGACCAGACAGGUCAGUUAAUGAUAAACCAUCUGUGUGGAUGUACCGUGUGGAACUGCUUGUGUUUGUGACGCUGCAGCGCUGUGUUCGGUGUUUGGAGGAUCCUGCCAGCGGGUGGAUUUGCGGAUCUGUGGAUCAGCGCUAUGGCAGCAGUGCGAGCAGCCAAACAAGCUCUGAGGAGAGAAAUAAAGAAGCGACUUGCUGUACUGAGUGAGGAGGAGAAGCAGCGCCAGUCUCAGGAGCUUUCACUCAAGCUCUUUGAACAUCCCAGGUACCAGAGCAGCGGGCGCGUGGCAUUAUUUCUGAGCAUGCAGGACGAAGUGUGCACCGACGCCAUCCUUCAGCACGCGCUCACCAGCGGCAAGGUGUGCUUCAUCCCCCGCUACCAGAGCAACAGCAACCACAUGGACAUGCUGAGACUGCACAGCGUGGAGGACGUGAACUCGCUGCCCGUCACCGGCUGGAACAUCCGGCAACCCGCCCAUGAUGAUGCGCAGCGGGAGGAAGCUCUCGCCUCAGGUGGUUUAGACCUGAUCCUGAUGCCUGGUCUGGGGUUCGAUAGGAACGGGAAUCGUUUGGGACGAGGUAAAGGAUUCUACGACUCGUACCUGAAGCGCUGUAGCAACCAUCCUAAAGGGAAACCCUACACCAUCGCUCUGGCCUUCAAACAGCAGCUGUGUGAUCAGGUUCCCGUGGACGAUGGAGACGUUCUCAUUGAUGAAGUUCUGUAUGAGGAGAACUGAGCUGGAGUCUGUCUGAUAUAUAAUAUAUAUAAAAUCAUUUAUAAGGUCGACAGCUCCGGUAUCUCAGGUUUGAUCCUCGGCUCUUGUCACCGUUCGUGUAGAAUUCGGCUUGUUUGUUUAAGCUUUGUACCCACCUUGACCAUGACCAGAAUAAAGUUACUGUUGUGUGA